AUGACCGAGACAUUCGCAUUCCAGGCUGAGAUUAAUCAGCUAAUGUCUCUCAUAAUUAAUACCUUCUAUUCCAACAAGGAAAUUUUCCUGCGUGAAUUGAUCAGCAACUCGUCCGAUGCGUGCGACAAGAUCCGCUACCAGAGCCUGACGAACCAGGCGGUG